ACCUCUCCACAGUGCUGAACAGAGCAAACUGACAGCUCUCCGGUCAGCUGUUUCACAGGCUAACUCGGAAUAAUCAUUUUAAAAAAACGAUUACAGGGAAAUUAUUAACGGUAGACAAUUGGAUUCAACGUAGACUAUCGAAACGUUGCGAAAUUUGCUAGCUUGCUUCGUGUAUAAUCCAGUUUUUUUUCUCUGUCUCUCUCUUCCGCUAUUUAGCACGAAUCAGCAAACGGUAGCUAACAAAUCUCUUCGAAACCUGCGUCAAACAACUUGUUAGCGUAACUAGGGAUAUUUUAAAUUUGAUUAUUAUUAUUAUUUUUUUAGUUUUUGUUGUGAAGGAAGGACUUUACAAUGGGAUCCAGAGCAUCGACAUUACUGAGAGAAGAGGAGAUUGAAGAAAUCAAAAAGGAGACAGGCUUUUCCCACAGCCAGAUCACCCGGCUCUACAGUCGCUUCACCAGCUUGGACAAAGGAGAGAACGGCACGCUCAGUCGGGAAGAUUUCCAACGGAUCCCAGAGUUGGCCAUCAAUCCUCUGGGAGACAGAAUCAUCAAUGCCUUCUUUCCCGAGGGGGAGGACCAGGUGAACUUCAGGGGCUUCAUGAGAACCUUGGCUCACUUCCGUCCUAUAGAAGACAACGAGAAGAACAAGGACCCCACUGCCUCUGAACCUCUCAACAGCAGGACCAAUAAGCUGCUCUUUGCUUUCCAGCUGUACGACCUGGACAGAGAUGAUAAGAUCUCCCGUGACGAGCUUCUACAGGUUCUUAGAAUGAUGGUUGGUGUGAACAUCUCUGACGAGCAGCUGGGCAGCAUCGCUGAUAGGACCAUCCAGGAGGCCGACCAGAACGGAGACAACUCCAUUUCCUUUAAUGAGUUCAUCAAGGUUCUGGAGAAGGUAGAUGUUGAACAGAAGAUGAGCAUCCGCUUCCUGCACUGAGACACUGAUUGGUUGCACUUCCUGACAGGACUGUCUCUCUGAUUGGCUGGAUAUUUUACUACCACCACCAUGCCCGCUGGAACAUGACCUAAGCUGUGUCUCCUCCUCCUCCAUACAGUACUAGCCCCUCCCUCUCUCUGUCUCCUCCUCCUCCAUACAGUACUAGCCCCUCCCUCUCUCUGUCUCCUCCUCCAUACAGUACUAGCCCCUCCCUCUCUCUGUCUCCUCCUCCUCCAUACAGUACUAGCCCCUCCCUCUCUCUGUCUCCUCCUCCUCCAUACAGUACUAGCCCCUCCCUCUCUCUGUCUCCUCCUCCUCCAUACAGUACUAGCCCCUCCCUCUCUCUGUCUCCUCCUCCUCCAUACAGUACUAGCCCCUCCCUCUCUCUGUCUCCUCCUCCUCCAUACAGUACUAUGCUAUCUCUCGGUCUCCUCCUCCACCAUACAGUAAUAUGCUAUCUCUCGGUCUCCUCCUCCACCAUACAGUACUAUGCUAUCUCUCGGUCUCCUCCUCCACCAUACAGUACUAUGCUAUCUCUGUCUCCUCCUCCUCCAUACAGUACUAUGCUAUCUCUGUCUCCUCCUCCACCAUACAGUACUAUGCUAUCUCUCGGUCUCUUCCUCCACCAUACAGUACUAUGCUAUCUCUCGGUCUCCUCCUCCACCAUACAGUACUAUGCUAUCUCUGUCUCCUCCUCCACCAUACAGUACUAUGCUAUCUCUGUCUCCUCCACCAUACAGUACUAUGCUAUCUCUCUGACCCCUCCUCCACCAUACAGUACUAUGCUAUCUCUAUCCCCUCUGACCCCUCCAUACAGUACCUUCCCCUCUCUCUGACCCCUCCUCCAUACAGUACUAUGCUAUCUCUGUCUCCUCCUCCACCAUACAGUACUAUGCUAUCUCUGUCUCCUCCUCCACCAUACAGUACUAUGCUAUCUCUAUCCCCUCUGACCCCUCCAUACAGUACCUUCCCCUCUCUCUGACCCCUCCUCCAUACAGUACUAUGCUAUCUCUAUCCCCUCCCUCUGACCCUUCCUCCACCAUACAGUACUAUCCCCUCUCUCUGACCCCUCCUCCAUACAGUACUAUCCCCUCCCUCUCUCUGACCCCUCCUCCUCCAUACAGUACUAUCCCCUCCCUCUCUCUGACCCCUCCUCCUCCAUACAGUACUAUC